AUGAGCUCGGUCGAAUCCUUCCUCGCCGGCGGCCGUGGUCCCCUCGGCCAGGACCGCGUUCGCAUCGCGCUAUCGCCAGCAGGCAACCGGCGCCAACACGCAUCUCGCGAGCUUGAAGACGCUAUGGACAAGCUGUGGGACGACAAGCUGGCGAUGCAGCCCCACCUCUUCAACGGUGCCAAGUUCCGCUUGGCGUCGUCUGCACUGACGCCGGACGGCCUCACCAUGACGUGGGGCCUCACUAGCUAUAAAGAGUACAUUAGCACGUGUUCACGCCCUGAGAUGGUGGCUACGUUGCGGCGAGACGGAGGCGACGACCCGCGCCAGCACCUCUCGAGGAAGGUUGGCGUCGCCGCAGCGCUUGUGACAAGCGACAAGCAUGUGGUCUUCCUCCAGCGUAGCAACGCCGUCGGCGCAUACCCCAACAUGGCCGACGUGCCUGGUGGCCACCCGGAGCCCGAGAAACUGGGUUUGCACUUCGAUCGGGACUACGUGCCAAGCGAUGAGCUCAACGCGCGCUGCGUCGCCGAGCUCUUCGACUCGAUCACGGCCGAAGUUGAGGAGGAGAUCAACGUCCCACGCAGCGCCCUCUCGCCGCCGCUGCUGCUUGGCGUGACGCUUCAAGGCUGCGCCGAGACGCCGAGCUACGCCUUCCUCAUCGAGUGCACACUCGCGGUCGCCGACGUGCAGGACCGAUAUGUCCACGCUCAAGAUCAGUACGAGAGCACACGACUCAUGUUUGUGCCAUUAGCAGCGCUGUCGACGAGCACCAUGGAGCUCACGCCGUCGGCUGCCGGCUGUCUCCAGCUCCUCGCCGAGCUCCGUAGCUAGCGACGAUGGCCCUGGACCCCACACCGUUGGAAAAGAACAUGUUUAGCCCCGUGCCUCAUAAGCAAGGGUAUUGAUAGUACGCUCUAAUGUAUGCGUGCGGGCAGUCG